AUGUCCAAUGCCAAAGUCUUCGCAUCGACACUAGGCACGGUCAGUGUCCUCAUCGGGGGCAUGUAUAUCGGCAACUAUGGUUUCGCAGCCCGGAAAAAGAGGUAUAAGGAUGAGGACUUGCCUACGGAGAGAAGACGGCGGAAAAUAUUCGACGAAGUUGCCACAACGUGGGACUAUAAAGUGAGACUAGAUGAGUAUCUGAUGGGCAUAACGCGAUGGCGACGACAGCUCAUCGGUAAUGCUGAGGGGGAUGUCCUAGAAGUCGCUGUGGGUACUGGACGGAACUUCCAGUUUUACAAUGCCAAACAAGUCAAGUCAGUCACGGCGAUUGACUUCAGUCGGAGGAUGUUGGAAACAGCGGAGAAAAAACGGCAUCUAUUGGAUCCAAUACCGUUGUAUUUAAAGAGUGGUAAUUGUGCUCGUAUGAAGGAGUUCCCCGAUAAGAGCUUCGAUACGGUGGUCGACACAUUCGGUAUCUGUUCGUUCGAGGACCCCACUGAGACGCUACAGGAGAUGAAGAGAGUCUGUCGAGGAAAGGUCCUCCUCCUCGAGCACGGUCAGAGCACCUACCCUAUGUUCAGAAAGUACCUGCAUAAUACGCUCAUUAAACACGUUGAGAAAUUCGGCUGUUAUAACAACCGAGAAAUUCUCCGCCUGGUGAAGCAGUCAGCCAUGAGAGUACUUCAAGUUCAGAGGAAGCACUUUGGAGCGACCUACUACAUCGUAUGCGAGGCCCAUCCGGAUGCUGACGACGCUGAGCCCUCAGCCGAUGCUAUUACUGCAACAUGA